AUGGAGAGAAGAAGAGGAAAGGAUAGGAAAGAAGCAAGAGGAAGUCAUAAGAAGCCAGAAGAUGAAAGAAGAAGAAAGAAUAAGGAGCAGAAAGACAUUUUGUCGAGUCACAGGCUAAGGGUGCUGCAAAAUGUCCCCAAUGUCACCGUUAACCACUUAUUUAUCCAACGAUCCGAAGAAAGCCCAGCUGAAUUCAUAUGA